AUGGUGGGGACAAAGGAGGUGGUGCAGGAGAGGGGGAAGAAGUCUGGAUCUUUCUCAGACAGGCCCGCGCUCCGGAGCGGCAGUGUGGUCUCGGCUUCCUCAUCUGCGAAAUGGAGAUGCCUGCUCAUCCUGGCCACCAGUAAAAGACAGCUCCGAAAUUCCGGAAGAGGAAUACAAAGCGGGGGUGGGAUUCCAGGCAGGACCGAUGCACUCCAGCUGGGGGAAUCGCGGGAGUCUUUCUCCAGGAGGUCACGAGGCGUCAGAGACUGGAGUCAGAGCCUGGUGCGUUGGCCAGGUGCUCAUGUGCAGCCGGAAGCAAGACGGUGCGGCCGCCUCCUUCCACGGCUCUCCGCGGGAUGGCCUCGAUUUGAAGCCACCCUGAAUAGGUGCCGGGCCGAUGCAAAGACCGGGGACCCUGCCCCCGAGCCCCCUUACCUCCCAGCCAUCCCGGAGACCUCCCAGGGCCUGCCGCCUCUGGCUGGGCUGGCCUCCGUGCCCUGGCGAAUCACGGUAAUGCCAGGGAGGCUCAGCGUGGCGUUCUCCAAAAGUGGCCUGUCGCUCGAGAAAUUCUCUCCAGCCGUCAUCCCGCUGACUUCUCCAAACAACCUGAGGCUGGGCGCCAUGGUCAGCCCCACUUUGCAGCCGAGGAAGCCGAAGCUUAGAAGUCUGAGUUCACCAGCCCUGCCGGUCACUGUGCUGGGCCGUUUGAUUCCAGGGCUGUGACCUUAACCACUGGGCCCACAGGAGUCUGCAGGUGGAUUUUGGCUUCAUGUGCACAAGCUCGAAAAUUCUGUUCUUUCCUCCCCUUUUCAUCUUAGGAAUAGAGAGGGGUCCCCAGUGCCUCCAUGCCCCUGGCCCACCCGAUGCACCCCAGGUUUGCUUCAAAAGCAGCCGAGCCGCUCUAAGAAGCAAGUUCCCCCCCCACCCCCCACCCCCACAUCGGGACCCACCCUGCCUCCCCAGCCUUACAGCCGAAAUCUUUCUCCUGGGUGUUGUUUUCCUUUAUUCCUCUCUGUGGCUCUGGCCCUUUCCCCCUGAAAAUACAGUUUGCUGAUAUUAAAAAGAAACACACAACCACUAAACGCAUUUGAUAUAGUCUUUGAAGUCUGAUGGCCUCGGGCUCCAGACUGAUAAGCAGGAAGAUAGUGUAGGCCUGUGCUGGGAAGACAGCACCUUUGGCAGGGACGGUUCCAAUAGAGGGGACAGAGGAGGGAAGCCCGAGAGAAGGAAGGCUGGGUCCCCUCUGAUGGGAGGUGAGGCCCCCAUGGGAGGGGGGUGCGGUAGGGGAUGAGCACAAGUCCCUGAGGAGGUGGCCCCCGUGGAGGCUCUCUGCAAGGGAUUUGAUCUCUCAGAGGCUGGGUGAUUGGGCAUUCCCUCUCAAGACGGGGAGAGGAAAAGAACGCUCUGUGCACCCCAAGGCCUUGGGGGGCAUCUCUGUGCCCAGGGAAAGGAUCCGGAUGGGGAACUGGCGAGGUUUUCUGUGUUCACGUGUACUUGAGGGACACAGGUACAUAUGUGUUGUGGGUGCUGGUGGUGCCACACUUGGCCUCCACUGACCCCCCUCCCUACCACGCUGCUGGGUUGGGGACCUCCCCUCAAGGGCAGACACUCAGAGCACCCGGGGGCCAUGAUG